ACCUAUAGGGGGCAGAUUGAUACAAGACAGCACAUAAUGUCUAAUGUUGAGCAAGAGUGAAUCGCCAGUAAAAACUGUAGAAUCUAGAUAUUUUGGGUUUUAUGAGAGGGGUGCCUUGCUCAGUGAAUGCCAAGAUAUGUCUGAGAUGCUGCACAGAAAGCAGAAUUUUGAUGAAGUCGUUGUGAGUGCGUGAGAUGAACUUAGAUAUUUUUAGCAGAGGUGGUUCCAACUGCAGUAGUUAAACCCAGGUAUGCACUCAAAGUGAUAAGGGAGGGCAUUUUAGCUACCUUGGAAUUUGAAGUCUCACAGCAGCUGUUGAUGGAACCAUGGUAAUAUAAUGGCGGAGGUGGAGGAGAUUCCCUACAGGUGCCCCAAAUGUGGAGACCUGAAAACCUUUUCCACAUUCUCAGAGCUCAGGAGUCACAUGCACUUGGACCACAGUUUUGAAGAUUCAAACAGGAAAAAGCCUGGUAUCCAUUUCUCCAUAGAUCCUGAGCCCAAACAUGGGACACCAUUUAGGGAAAUGUUCAGUAAAGAAGCAAAAAAGUUGGAAGAACAACUCAAAAGAGCAAAGGAAAUAGAAAGACAGAACAAAAUUGCUGCAUCCAAAUUCAAACCAGCAAAAAUUGCCUCGUUGGAUAUACGUCCUGUGAGAGAAGUGGAAUCAUUUGAGCUUCAAGAUGUUGCCCCAAAAGUAGAGGUCCCAUUCACAAGACAAGCUCCAUUUACUGGUUCUUCCUCCAUAUUCCCUCCAACUUCUGACUAUUAUCAAACUUCAGAUGGAAGACCAGUGAGCCUUAGCUAUUUGGGUGAUACAUAUUCUCCGUCCAAGUCCAGGUCACACCCCUCUUUUUUACCCCCAAACAAAAUAUAUGGCAGUGUGAAUAGCCCUCAGGAUCAAGAUGGGCAGACAAGAGGCCCAGUAGAUACCAUAACAUACAACAGCCUUCAAAGAGAGCUGGAAAUCAAAGAACUGAAACUCUUGCAAGCUAAAGCAGAAUCACAAAAUCUCUCAGACUCUUUAGAUUUGUCACAAAUAUACACUGAUAAACUUAGGAAGGAACAAGAACUUCUUGUAAAACAAUUGAAAGAGAAACUCAAAUUCAAGGAUGCUAAAUUAGAAAUUGCCAAUGAAGAAUUGGAAAAAUUAUCAAAGGAAAGGCAAAAGUUGCAGCAGGAGACUUUGGAGUGGUCCAGAGAGAAUGACGCCAUGACCCAAAGUGUGGAAGCCUUGCAUGAACAGCUGGAAGACAAAGACAAAGAAAUUGAAAGAAAAGAAGCUGAGAUCAAGAAACUGAAAAAUUACUUAGAGAAAGCUGCUGAGCAGGAAUCAGGAGCAAGACAGAAACUAGAAGAGAUGAUAGACACCAUCAUAGACAGAGCAGAAAGUGCUGAGGAGGAGCUGAGGACCAUUAAAGGCAGUCCAGUGUAUAGAUCAGCUAGCAUGAUGGAGAUGAGGAGACCUGACCAGCCCCUCUCCUCUCCUGUAAGGAGGUCCACCAGUGCCCUGCAGUCCAGACCAGACCACCAUGUUAGUUUCCAGCCUGACAGGACUGCUUUUAACAGGUAUCCAAGUGCCAUAUCAAAUUUGCCUAAUCCAGAACUUCUGCAUCACCAACAAAAUGGCCUGAUGGGUCCAAAGCAUAAAAAAGCCUACAAAAAGGACCACCGCGCACCUCCUACACACAGUGGACCUACCAUCCAUUUAUCACAACUUAACAAUAGCAGUCCAGUGAUAAACCACUCAGCAGAGUAUAUGUGCAGAGACCAUGUCCCAUUGAUCCCUGUAUCUGACAAGUACCCCGUGGCCCCACCCACACAUGGUUCCACAGAUUCUGGGAUAGGGGAAGGACCAAACCACGGGGUGUAUGGGUCCACUGAAUCAGGGCAAAGGGAAGCUCCAGAUGAAGACAUGCUGAUGGACCGUGAUGGUAUCAUGUGGAAUGGUCUCUACCCAACAUCAACACCAGAUGGGGUUGCUCACAUGCUGCCACCUGGAGGACAUCAGAUGUACCAACACCCAAACUUACAACAUAAUUAUGAGAGUCAUGUACCACCAGAAUUGUCACAAAGUUUUGGCUCACAGUAUGCAUCUUCAUCUGGUGGUGAGCCAGAGUCAGAGCCUGAAUUUUCAUCUCAUCAAAGUAGAAGGUCUCCAAAUCAAACCUGGUCACAGAAUAAUAGUCCUGCUGAUACGUUCUUCAUUGACGACUGCGAUGCUUUGUUUAGAUCACUGAAAACACAAGAGUUGCAGAUGAAGCAACAUAUGAAACUCAUAAAACAACAGGGAAAACAGCUGAGACAGAUAAGAGAUCAGUUGAAUAAUUCUAAGUCACCAAGUCAUUUGAAUAGAAGCUUUGAAUCGGUGCCUUCUUACAUUAAUGGCGAGGAUUAUGAAGAUGGAGGUGAUGACAAUGAUGAUGUACAAGUUACAGUGAGUGAGGUCGAUUCAGAAUUAGAAAAUGAUUCAGAUUUAGACCAAUACAUUGAUGAUAUAGAGGCAUUUUUACCAUUAGACUCACCAGAGAGAAAUACCCAGGAAAGAAAACAAAAUGAUUCAGCCGAUGUUGGGAGGCCACACUCUGGGCACAGAAAGGUGAACGGACAAGGUCAACUCAACCAGAUGUCUGGGGCCUCCAGAAAACAUGAAGACCUGAAUAACACUCCAGUACAAAAUAGCACCCUUGAGGUGUCCAGGUUAGACUCCACCAGGAGGAGGCGUGACGCACUGUUCUGUGUGUUCCUGUACCUGGAUACCAAGUCCCUGAGCCAGGUGUCUGCUGUGAGCAGGGAAUGGAGACAAGUUGGCAGACAUCCAGCACUCUGGAAGAAUCUCAAGUUUCAGAAUUCCAGAAUUUCUUCCAGGUUCCUUCAAACCAUAUCAAAAUGGUGCAAACAGAUACAUUCCCUUACAUUCGAAGGUUUGAGAUCUAGAGCAAGAAAGAAGACAGAACACAAGAAGGAUUAUUUGGAUAGUGUAAGAGGAGCGCUAGAAGCUGGUUUAGAGCACCUUCUCAAGGCAUCGGGAUCCACCAUUAUUUCACUGAGGAUAAGUGGAUGUGGAAACAUUCUUACUGACAGGAGUCUGUGGUUAAUCAGCUGUCACUGUAAGAAGCUGGAGAAGCUGGCAUACCUGAGCUCCAGUUCUCCAGCAAGUUCAGAGGUGAUCUGGGCACUGGGAGCUGGCUGUAAGAGGAUCAACACUCUGCUAAUGCCUCCAGUAUAUCCAAGCUCUUUGCCGCACACAUUUAACAACAGCAGCGUAAAGAUGAUAGGAAAGUGCUGGCCACACCUGCGCGUGCUGUGUAUUGGGGGCAUAGAUGUCAACGUGGAGGGCCUGACAGCCAUAGCUGGUUGUUGCCUGCGUCUCCAGGUGUUGGAGUUAGACCACAUGUGUCAGGUGAUGGAGAACACGGCACUGGCCAUGUGUAAGGCUGGACUGAAGGGAUUGCAGAUACUGGAGUUCACUUUUACACCUGUCACACCUAAAGCUUUGGUGCAUUUUAACAGUGCUUGUCAUCAUCUCAAGAAGAUAUCUGUUCAUGUGGGAAUAUCAGAUUAUUAUGAUGAUCCAAAAAAUAAGAACAGCAUGGAUGAAUACAGACAGAUCAUUGGCAAACUGAAGGAGCUCAAACGGAGACCUGGCUUUGAGGGCGUUCUUCACAUAAAAUCAGACUAUGGAUAAUUUGAACUUUGUUUCCAAGAAAACUAGCUGGUUGACAUGAUUAACUUGCCUCAUUUAUUUUUGUUUUGUUCUUAAAAGCAAGGUAUAAGUAUUAUUAAGAUACACAUUUACAUUAGAUUAUGUAUUUAUUGCAAGGAGUAUAUGCUUGAAAGUUACCUUUUUAUAAUACUUUACUUUUUUUGCAAACAGCUAAUAUGCUAUUUGUCAACAGAUUUUGUAUGAGGAGCAGCUGAAAGUUACAAAAUUAUAACAGGGUGCCUUUUACCAUAUUAAUGCUCAGUUUGGUGAAUCAAACAAUUGCGUAAUGUCUAUAUAUGUAUAAAUAUAUUUACAAUGUUCCGUCCAGUCAUUUGAUAGAGAAGAGAUUUAAGAUGGUAAAUCACUUAAUUUGCAAUAUUUUAAAAUGUAGUUUUUUGUUUGUACUUACUG